CGUAGCUCUGCUACGCCGUACGUGCUACGAACUUCUAACCGCUACGAAAUUAGCGCCAAAACUAUGUAAAACCAUUAAAGGAUGUUAUGUUGCCUUUUUAGAAGUUUGAGGAGCUAGGUAAAUGUGAACCGCUGUGCAAUGUGAACUGAAUGAUGGUUGGGAAAAUUUUGUUCUAUAUACAUUUUGGACUUGUCUUCCACGUUGUGAUUUGUUUUAAGGAUACUGUUGAAGUGCCACGUUUUGAAGACAGCUUAAACAAUUUGACGGUUUCCUUAGGAAGGGAAGCUGUUUUUACGUGUGUCGUCAAUGAUCUCGGUUCAUACAGAGUGGCGUGGCUACGCGUGGACACGCAGACGAUCCUGACAAUUGCAACGCACGUGAUCACGAAGAAUCAUCGUAUUGCGGUUAACCACAGCGACAGGCGAGUGUGGUUCCUGCACAUACACGACGUGCGUCAAUCUGACCGUGGUUGGUACAUGUGCCAACUCAACACUGAUCCUAUGAAGAGUCAAACGGCAUAUUUAGAUGUCGUAGUCCCCCCAGAUAUCUUGGAUUACCCGACGAGUAGCGAUCAGGUAGCACGAGAAGGGGCCAAUGUCACACUUCGAUGCGCGGCUCACGGGGUACCAACACCUACCGUCGUAUGGCGAAAGGAAGCUGGUGAUUUGUUGCCAACAUCAAACUUCAGUGACACACAUAACUCGUCAGUAAGCGGCGCCGUACUGCAUUUAGUGAAGGUGUCACGCCUGCACAUGGGGGCGUACCUCUGCAUCGCUAGCAACGGAGUUCCGCCCUCCGUCAGCAAGCGAGUCAUGCUUGUCGUUCAUUUUCCACCAAUAAUGACGAUACAAAAUCAGUUAGUAGGAGCAAAUGAAGGUGACACCGUACAUUUGGAUUGUCACUCGGAAGCAUUCCCGAAGUCGAUUAAUUACUGGACGAUAAAUGAGCAAAUUAUAUCGCAAACAGAUAAAAGGUUCGAGGUGGUCGCCAUAGAAAGAGGCUACGAAGUGGACAUGAGGCUAAAAAUUAAGAAAGUUGGACGAAGUACAUUCGGUACUUACAGUUGCAUAUCAAAAAACUCACUAGGAGACACUGAUGGGACUAUUAAAUUGUAUCCUCUCUCUGGUAAAUUCGAAGAGAUGCAAUAUAACGAAGUGGGAGAUUUCGAAGAAACCCCUGAUGUCAGCGAGCUGGAAGCGUUAAAACGAAGCACGUCUUGUUCACUCGCGCCAGUACUUGCUCUAGUACUUACCAUUAUUGCCAUAUUAUUAUAA